UCUCCUCCUGCACCUCCUUCACUUCUCCUCAGAGCCGCUGAGCCUCAGUCAGCAUGCAGCUCUUCCUCCUCCUCCUCUUCCUCCUGCUGCACGGAGCCAUGGCCGCCUCGGUGCCUGGCUGCCACGGCGACAGAGACAAGGACCACCGGCCGAGGGAGAACUGCAGCCGCUCCGGGUUCAGCCACAUCCCAGCAGGACUGGACCAGGAGACUCAGGUCUUGUUGUUUCCAUCCAACCUGUUCUCCAGCCUGUCCUGGAGCUCCUUCCAGGUGUUUCCAGGCCUGUAUGAGCUGGACCUCACAGCCAACCAGGUUCCGGCCGUGGCCCCCAGCUCCGCUCCGGUUCUGGCCGGCCUGGCCGUCCUCCGGCUGGGCUCCAACCGCCUGACGUUCCUCCCUGACGGCGCCUUCGCCGCCUGUCCCGCUCUGACCGAACUCUACCUGCAGAACAACUCCUUGGCGUCUCUGACCGACCGCAGCUUCUCCGGGCUCAGCGUGUUGGAGAUCCUGGACCUGACGGCCAAUCGCAUCUCCAUCCUUCCUGCUCUCAUGCUCCACCCACUGACAGCCAUAGAAACCCUCUACCUGGAGAACAACCAGAUCCAGGUGAUGCCUGACGGCUGGUUCAGCCAGAAGGAGGACGUGCCGUACCUCUACCUGUCCCUCAACCCCUGGGCCUGCUCCUGUUCCCUCGGUUACCUCCGCAGAUACCUGGACGACUUUGAGCUCAACAUCUACGUCAGAGACGGCGCAGAAAUCAGGAACGGCGUGGACAGCGUGGUGUGCGAUUCUCCGCGGCACCACCAGGGGAAACCUGUAGUGACUCUGGAAGAGUCCGAUCUCUGCUCAGCAGACGGAGAACCAGAACCGCCUAGAAUGACCUCACUUCCUCCUGACCCGACGGCUCCAGCUGCUUCGGUCCAACCGUCCGGCCCAGAACCUCCAGCUGCAACCUCUCCUCCUCAACCCACGACCCCUGACCUCAUGACCACGUCUGCAGAGCGGGCCUCAGUCCGCCACAGAGUCACACGGUCCUGGUACCGGACCUUCACCAGUCCGAAGCAACGCUCCCAUCACUCCAGCUCAGAGACGCAAACAGGAAGUUCAUCAGUUGGCUGGUUUAAUCAGACCGCACACCCGACUACUGAAGUUCCUCUGGCUCCUGAUGUUCCCUCAACUACAGAUGUUCCCCUAAAUACAGAUGUUCCUCUGGUUCCUGAUGUUCCUACCAGCAGGGGGCAGCAUGUCAGCGUGGUUCCUGCCAGCAGGGGGCAGCAUGUCAGCGUGGUUCCUGCCAGCAGGGGGCAGCAUGUCAGCGUGGUUCCUGCCAGCAGGGGGCAGCAUGUCAGCGUGGUUCCUGCCAGCAGGGGGCAGCAUGUCAGCGUGGUUCCUGCCAGCAGGGCGGCGGUGUUGUGCGUCUGGCUGUCUGCAGGCUGUCUGCUGCUCUGCGCGGCGUCGGCGGCGUCGGUCCUGCUGACUCUGCUGAGGUUCUUCUUCUGCUACCAGAAGCUCUACAAGCCGCUGAGGCUAACGCUAGCAAGGAGGGCAAAGGCCAUGGAGGGCGCGGCUCUGCUGAGGAAGGAGGAGCAGGCAGAUGGAGGAGUGGUGGCGCUGUACCGCUCUCUGCUGUUUGUCCACAGAGAGGGAGGAGGCGCAGCGGGGAGGGAGGAGGGAGAAGGAGGACAGACGGUUACUCUGAAGCUAGCAGGAGACGGGACAGGAGGGGAGGACAGAGGAGUUUACAGGAGGAGCAUGUACCGCCUGGUCAGCAGAGAGGAGGAGCUGGAGGGAUGGAGGGAGGUGCUGGAGGAGUGCCGGGUCUCUGCAGAGGAUGGAGGCAGGAAGAGAGGGAGCAGGAGGGAGGAGGCGGCAGCAGGAGGAGCAGCAGGAGUCUCCAGGAAACGCUACAGCGUGAUUCUGAGGGAGGAGCGGGAGGAGGCGGGGGGAGGGCGGGAGGAGCUGGACUGGGUGGUGGGAGGAUGGGAGGCGGGCCGAGGAGCGGAGGAGGGGCCGAGGAGCAGCUGGGGGGAGUGGCUGGCUGGCUAUUUACCCAGCAUGCUGUGGGGCCUGGCUGCUCCUCCUGAGGAGGCGGCAGCAGCAAAGUGAGGAGUCAGCGUUGGCCUCCUGUUGCUCUGCUGGUUUCUCUCCCAGUUAAAGUUGUUCUGAUUAUUUUAGCCACAUUAGCAGAUGAAGGCGCCAUCAGGAGUCACACUAGGCCCACUGACCUCUGACCUUCAGUGACCUUCACCCUCCAGAUUCUCUCUACGCCUCUAUGCAGAUGACGCCGUCUUUCGUUUCACUGAAAGCAGAAACUGUAGAUGACCUGCAGGCUUCAUGGACCAGUUAUCAUCACCGCUUCCACUGAACCACAGCAAUGCAGCGUUUACUGCCGGUUACCAUGGAAACGGCCUGCACAAAUUAAACCUCCACUGAAACCAAA